CGUUCGUCCUAAGAAAAUAUUGUAUCUUUCAACUAACAAGUAGAAGAAUGUGGGGGAUCUCGCGCCACGUUAGUUGUCACGGUGACCGUGUACUGUGCAUUUUCCGCUCUGCUGUCUUCACCGGAAACAGCACGCUGCGGAUGAUGCUUUUCUACUAUGCGGUAGGUAGCGAAUGCACUCACUCAAUAAUUGCAUAGGAAGUAUAUUGAUAACGAGCUAUUGUAGUUUUACCUAAACCAAACAGUAACAAAGACGUUAACUAGCUAACGUUAACGUGCCCACUGACUGGUGUGUGUUGUGUUUUGUUCUUUCACAGGUGACAAUGUGUGUGAGUUGAUCAAAUCAAAUGUGUCACAUACACAUAUUUAGAAGAUGUUUUUGCGGGUGUAGCGAAAUGCUUGUGUUCCUGAUGUUGAUCAAAUCCUGACCUUGAAUGAAUAUAACGUCAGCAUUAUAUUAUAAAUAUAUAAUUAUAAAUUAUAAUUGUUGGCUAAACCAAUUAAACCUAGUUAUCACGAUAGUAAUGCAUUUUAACGUUACCUGUUUUUUUUGUUGUUGUUUUGGAUUUAAUACACGUUUUUGUUGAAGACGUUUAUUUUUGCUUAGUUCAUCAGUCAAUGAAACCAAACCACGAUGGGUGAUGUCACAGGAAAACGUCUGUCAGAUUCUAAUUAAUUUAGCUGGCCUCUGACUUUCUGGAGUGUGUGUCUCAUCUUUUUGAAUGUACAACGCUGCUAAAUGAGAUCAGGCCAGCAAGUUUUAAGUGAUGGGGUGAAUUUCUGUGCAGUCAGAUUGAAUUACAGUCUGGUUGACUGGCUGCAGGACUCCAAGGAGAGAAAACUAUAUUCAUGAUACCAACAGUUCCAUGGGCAACAAUACGAAGACACAGAUGUAGAAACCGGUCUAAAAGGACAUGCAUCUACAAUGUAUCCUCUCUACAACAGGCAAUAUGAGGGAUUUACAGGGGAUGACAAUGAGAUGAGGGACAACAUUCAUAGAAGAACAUGUCACAGUUCUUUCAGCUACUCAUCUUUUGAUGAUGAAGAGGAGUUGGAGGAUGAAGAACAGGUGAAGGCACCUGCAGAGGAGGAGUUUUCCCACAAGAGUGAAGAUGUGUCACGUGUUUCUCCACUACCCAGAACCACCCAGGUGGUAUUUGAGAUCCAGUCGGGAAGGGCUGUCCCUCGCCUUAGGGAGCCCCGACACCUGUACGGUGUGUCUGGACAUGUGUCCCAAACACUGCCACGCUGGCCCCACGAGUGGGAGGUCAUCCCGGGGGAAAUUCAGCAUAUUGAGUGGGCUCCUCCCUUCCCAGAGCCGCUGUGUGCUCAGAUGAACACCAGCGAGUGGCUGAGACCAGAGUCUGAAGAGGAAGGCACCGUUGUGUAUGACACACAGAGAAAUAAAGAUAACUACUUCCUGGGUUCUCGUGUGGGGGGCUGUCGCUCCUCCCUGACCGCUGCUGCUGUGUCUCUCUCUGGCCCUGAUGACAUCACUCUGCUGUUCGAGGGACGCUUCGAGAGUGGCAACCUGCUGAAAGCAACCAGGGUUGGUGAAUUUGAUUAUGAGCUCUCCCUGCGGACGGACCUGUACACAGAGAAGCACACUCAGUGGUUCUACUUCCGGGUGAGGAACACGAGGGCGGGGGUUCGUUACCACUUCACCAUCACCAACCUGCUGAAGGUGACCAGUCUGUAUGAAGAGGGGCAGCUGCCUCUGCUCUACUCUGAGGAGGAGGCCCGGAUCCAGGGGGUGGGCUGGCACCGCGUGGGCCAACAGGUCUCCUACCAACGUAACGGACGGCACCACGCCGACCAGCCCUGCUACUCCCUCUCCUGGACCUUUUGCUUCCCUUAUGACCAGGACACCUGUUACCUGGCCCACUGCUUCCCUUACACCUACUCCAACCUGUGGGCCCACCUGUCCGAGAUCGAGCGGGACCCCCACCGCUCGCGGUUCUGUAAGGUGCGGACUCUGUGCCGGUCGCUGGCGGGUAACCUGGUUCCGGUGCUGACGGUGACCAACCCAUCCCACCGUGAGGACAGGAUUCACAAGCCUGCUGUGGUGUUGACCGCCCGGAUACACCCCGGGGAGACCAACAGCUCCUGGGUGAUGAGGGGUAUCCUGAACUUCCUGCUGGGAGACUCUCCGGAUGCGGCGCUACUCCGAGAUGCGUUCGUCUUCAAGCUGGUGCCCAUGCUGAACCCGGACGGGGUUAUAGUAGGAAACUACCGCUGCUCGCUGACCGGACGUGACCUCAACCGCAACUACAAGUCCAUCCUCAGAGACUCCUUCCCUACCGUGUGGGCCACACACACCAUGGUCCAGAGACUGUGUGAGGAGCGUAAGGUGCUGCUGUACUGUGAUCUCCAUGGACACAGCCGUAAACACAACGUCUUCACCUACGGCUGUGAGAACCCCCGGCCCGCUGACAGACACCCUCACGAACGAGUCUUCCCUCUGAUGCUCAGCAAGAAUUGCCCUGACAUGUUCUCGUUCGGGAGCUGUAAGUUCAAGGUACAGCGCAGUAAGGAGGGAACAGGCAGAGUGUCUCUGUGGAGGCUGGGGGUCCUCAACUCCUUCACCCUUGAGACAUCGUUCUGUGGCUCCAACAUCGGUACGAGGAAGGGGACCCAUUUCAGCACUCAGGACCUAGAGAUGUUGGGGGCUCAGUUCUGUGACACACUACUGGACUACUGUGACCCGGACCGGACAAAGUACAGUGCGUGUUUGAGAGAGCUACAGGAGAUCAUGAGACAGGAGGCAGGUUUGCCAAUGGACAACAAGCCUACAGAUAUCUCACUGACUGACCACGAGGCCAGCACCAGUGGAUCCAACAGCUCCCAGACGGACGGGCCUCCUACUCACCUCCAGGCCUUCAACAAGAUGACGUCCCGUAAGAAGCUGAAGUCCAAGAAGGAGAGGAACAGAUCUCCCCUGGUCAGAGCCAGGGAGAGAGAGGAAAAUGGGGAUAAUGGUGUCAAAAAGACGUUGAAGAAAAGCAAAUAUGUAUUGAAGCCUUUAAAGGCUCCUCCAGCAGUGCCCAGGAGGGAACCUCCAAAAUGGAGGGAGAGACAACUGAUCCCCCCUGAGCCAAGUCCUCCAGAUAAGAAGGUAUCUGUCCUAUACCUUGUCUUUGACACAAAGAAGCCGGCCAUGACAUCGAAGUCGGAGUACCUGCAGCACCUGAUGGCUGAUUAUGUGAGGAGCAGGAUGCAGUUGACCCUCAAUGGCUACGACUGGGGUCCUUGCCAGUGCCCCCAGGCCACCCACCUGCCCCACUCACAGCUUCCCCGGGACAACAGAGACGGGGAGCGACUGCCCGGCCUGACUAAUCUGCCUGUAGGAGACAAGUCCAUCAGAAGGCUCUCCCCAGUCCAGUGGAGAGGACCCACAUCCUACACCGCCCCAUCCAGCCUGAAACUCCCAUCCAACAGUCAGGCGAAGUGCAGCAUAGCUCAGGGACACCAGUGUAAGUGCCAGCUGUGGUACGGUCUAGGACUGACGGAGGACAGGACUGGGAGGACAACAAAAGGACUCAGGAAGACCAAGGAUAUCAGUGGCAGCCACUAGAAAAUACAUAGCCUUUUAUUCUCCACAGACAGACCUCACACAGUAACCCUCGCUCUACCUGUCCAAGAUCACUCAUUAAACAUGCUGUCAUUUGUGUGUUGUUUGUUUACUUGUUUACAAGCUUUAUCUGUUGAUGUCUUAUUUAAUUUCACCCAGUUUAGUAUCUCAAUAGAUUAUCUCAAAUAGACAGUCAAAUAUCCACCAACAGAAGCCUGUUUGAUAUGUUAUUCCUCUCACAUUCAGAUGCUCUUAGAGUACUCUGGUACAAUACACUCUCCAAGAGUCAGUAGUAGAAAGACAUAAACCUACAGUUGGACAGACAACAGAUGGUCUCCAUAUUCCUAACAGAAAAAUGGUCAAACACAACAGUGUCUGUUAUCCUUACACACAUUGCCACAAGAUACAACAUAGAUGGAGGUUGUCCAAAGUGAGUGAAGAGUUAGGAGGUACAGGUACAUUACAGGAGGCUGAGGAUGAAACAAACUGCCAUUUAUUAACAGAGCUGUACACAUUUCAUUAACAGAGCUGUAGACAUUUCAUUAACAGAGCUGUAGACGUUUCAUUAACAGAGCUGUACACAUUUCAUUAACAGAGCUGUAGACAUUUCAUUAACAGAGCUGUACACAUUUCAUUAACAGCUGUACACAUUUCAUUA